UUGUAGCAUUACUCUUCUGUGUUUCUUUUGCACAGUACGGUGAAAACGGAUUUAUCACUGGGAAUAUAUGCAAAUGACCGGUUUGAUAACGAGCAAUGCAGAGAGGACUUUCAAUCGAACAAGGUUUCUGUUGGAGAAGAGAUGGAUGAUGGGGACAAUUCAGUAAUUGGUAAAAUUUAUAUGAAGUAUAAGCGGCAAUCUUGGUUACGUCUGAUAUUUUUUACCGCUCUCUUGAUUGCUACACCUCUCGGCUAUUUCAUUGCCGAGAAGUCGUUUAAUUACGCUGCGAAUUAUGGUUACUACUCCUCAGGAAGUAUCAGUUCCCCACGAUACAGCCUGGAUCAGAUGCGUGAAUUUGCAUUCAAAAAUAGCAUCGCUACCGAUUAUAAACCAUCAUUUUAUACUCGUUGGAAUCUUUCGUUCAACAAAAUUCUGGAUGAUCCCGAUAAUGGAUUUAAUAUGAGCGAUAACGAUGUGAUCGUAUUUUUGCAUAUUCAAAAGACAGCAGGCACAAGUUUUGAGCGAUUUCUUGUCAGGCAUCUGAAUGUUUCAGCACCAUGCAUUUGUCAUAUGGGAAAGAAGCGAUGCAGUUGCGUAGGCCCUGGCCCUAAGAAAAAGAUAUGGUUAUUUUCUCGGUAUUCUACCGGUUGGGUUUGUGGACUACAUGCCGAUUUCACCGAAUUGUUUGUCUCUGGUUGUGUGGAUAAUGCUCUGGAUAAGAAAGAAGGUUUUCAUCGAAAGAGACGGUAUUUUUAUACAUCGUUUUUCCGUGAACCGGUAACACGUUUUAUAUCGGAAUAUCGUCAUGUAGAACGGGGCGCUACGUGGUUAGCAGCUAGGCAUAUAUGCAAUGGUCGACCACCUACGCCCGAACAAUUACCAAUGUGUUUUGACCCUGAAAUUGGAUGGGAUGGUGUGACAUUAGAUGAAUUUCUUGCUUGCCCGUAUAAUCUUGCGUUUAAUAGGCAAACUCGAAUGUUGGCUGAUCUAACACUUAUCAGUUGUUACGACACUCGAUCAACGGAUGCAGCAACUAGAGAUAAAAUUAUGUUAGAAAGUGCAAAAAUCAAUCUAAAAAAUUUGGCCUUUUUUGGUCUCAAGGAAUAUAUGGCUGAAAGUCAAUGGAUGUUUGAACAACUUUUCCGCUUAAAGUUUACGAAGAAUCUUGCUGAAUGGACCAAAAGUAAAUCGAACAAUACCGAAAUAACUCCACAACAAAUGCAAUUAAUCAGGGAUAAGAAUAAACUGGAUAUCAUGCUAUAUGCAUAUGCGAAAAAACUAUUUUUGAAAAGGUUAAAGCAGUUACAGUCAAGCAUUGAUGACUAUUCCAUGUUUCCACACAGAGUAAUUAAUGACAGUCAUGCUGGUAAUUUUAAAGCAGUUACUCGAAACGAAGGAGAAUAAGCGUUCGAGAGGAAUAUGACGCGUUUCUCAUCAUCGAAACAAAAUUUUCCAGAAGUUGUACAGUUCACUUUUUUCUUAAUUAUGAGAAAUUUGAUAGGAAUCUUUAAAUCAUGUUACUGUUGUUCGAAUUAAUUGUGAAAUUUGAUUCGAUAAUUAAUUUGAUUUGUAUUUUUACCAUUUUAUAGUUUGAAAGCUCGUUAUUUUCCUGAUAUAUGCGCCGAGGAGGAUUGCUCAUUCUUUGGUUUUUCAUUUUUCCAACCU